AUGAAUCCCUCAUCUCUUGUAGAUGGUCUACGAUUUUGUCAUGCAAAGGCGAUCCGCUUUCUCCCUGCCAAUGCUUCCCUUCUAUUGCGCACUCUAGAGAGCGUGGCCAGAACCGGCAAACCGUUCGCGGAUCGGUUCGUUUGCUGUAUAACAAGAGCAUCUGCGCCUACUGUCGAGCUUCGCUAUCGAGACGACGAUCUUUUCCACCUAUCUGCAACAGAAUGUUUUACACAGCUGAACCGGGCGACGCAUCAACUUCAGUGCUUGUUCAGACCUUUUGAAGUACGUAGCAAGGUUACAAUACCAGAUACCCGUCUGAUUCAGUGGGACUGUGGCAAGCUGCAAACUCUUGAUCGUUUGUUGCGAAAGCUUCAAGCUGCUGGUUCACGAGCACUGAUUUUUACGCAGAUGACGAAGGUGCUCGACAUUCUGGAGUCGUUUCUGAACUUGCAUGGUCUAAAAUAUCUUCGGCUGGACGGCACAACGAAAACAGACGAUCGGCAGAAAGUUGUGGAGAGGUUUAACACAGAUUCACGAAUUUUUUGCAUGAUUCUGACAACCCGUGCAGGUGGAGUUGGUCUGAACUUAACAGGAGCAGAUGCUGUGGUCUUUUACGACACAGACUACAAUCCCGCAGUCGACAACCAAGCUCAAGACCGUGCACAUCGCAUUGGUCAGACCAAGCCGGUAAACAUUUACCCCUUGGUGAGUGAGCAGACCGUUGAGGAGAACAUUUUGCGUCGCGCCAAUGAAAAGCGGAAUCUUGAAUCUAUUUUGAUCUCAAAUGCCGGCUUUACGACAGAGGCCAUUGCGACAAGCGAUGGGCGCGAUGGGCGGAGGCGCGGGGGCGCGGCGAUGGGCGGCGGGCGCUGGCACGGGGCGUGUCGGAUAUGUGACGUAAAUGUGGGCCUCAAAGCUCUGGUAAACACUCGGACAUUGCACAAAUGGCAUGUAUGGCGCAUUAUCUGCAAAAAUUGA